AUGGACACGGUAUCCAAGGCGUCCAUGUUGGCGUUGUGUGAAUGGAUUGACUAUCGGGACAUUAAUCGAAUGAUUAACAGAGUUGGUGAAUUCGAAAAGGACUUUCUUGAUGCACAUCGGAGUGAAUUUGCAGAUUUGAUGGAUGCGGCAGAAACACUGGGAUUUCAAGCAUUUUUGGAUGUGUACAACAGCUUGCUUUAA